CCUUCACCCUGACUUCACUUUGUCCCACAGUGAGAAACACAUACACACUGGUCAGAUCUGCUUAGCUAUGCAGGUGAAGAUCCAGCCCUGUCUGAGGAUGGGCACCUUCCUCCUCCUCUUCUUGUUCACCUCAGAGGAAGCCCAUGCAGACAUCAUUUUGAAAAAGGCAGAUCUCACUAUCCAGCCAAGGAAUGAGGUUCAGAGGGGUACAAAUGUGUCACUGACUUGUCUGGCAGAGGUCAGCUACAGUGCAAAGGCUCAUCCAAUCCACAAAUACAUGUUCUACAAAGAUUAUCAGCUAUUACAUACAGAAGAGACCAGUAAUACAGAGCUUCUCUACUCCAUAUCAGAUGCCAGAGUGGGUCACUCUGGGAAAUACAAAUGUGCUGUGGUCAUUGGGGAGCAAAAUAAGGACAGCAUUGGCAAAGACCUGACGGUGAAAGGUCUACAAACACCAGUCCUUUCAGUAGACAAAUUCACUGUGAGAGAAGGAGAUGUCAUUACUGCUGACUGUACUGCAGAGGGUGAAAUUGGUUCACUAAUGUUCUUCUUUAGAGAUGGAGAUAAUGAAAUCUACAUGGAGUCGACCAAUAAUCACCAAGUUCAGAAAAAGCUGUCUCUUUCUAAGGGAACUUCAAAUCUGUUUUGCAACUAUUUUAUUAAUCUAGGUGGCACAAUGUUACAGUCUAACGGAAGUAAUGUGAUCAGUGUUAAUAUUCAAGAGCUGGAGAUCACACCUUCAAUCACAGUUAAGCCAUUAACAAAUGUCAUUGAAGGUGACACCAUAAACUUUAGAUGCAAUGUGGAUAUGAUUCAACAGAAGAAUUCUGAUCUCAAAAUCAGUCUUGUCCAUGGACUUACCGUGCUCAGUUUUAACAUGACACAGAAGAAUUACACCAUGUCUGCUAAGGCAAAUGACUCUGGGGAAUUUGAGUGCAUUUCAAGCAUGGGUAAUAUUCAUAAGUCCUCCUCUGUGAACAUCACUGUAAAAGAGCUUUUCUCCAUGCCUGUCUUGAGCAUUACCCCACCCAAGGUGUUUGAGGGAGAACACUUCAACAUCAGAUGUCAUGUCAAGAGCUUUGCCUCAGAGAGAAUCCAAAAAGAUGACAUAAAGUACUCAAUAUUCAAAGACAAUACACCUAAAAUCAGCAAUGACAGAUACAGUGACACUGCAAGCAGAGCAACCAAUGGGAAAUAUAUGUGUUCGGCUAAAGCGAAUGGGAUUAUCAAAGAGAGCUGGGCUGAGAUAUUUGAAGCAAAAGUUCUUGUCUCAAAGCCUGAGAUCACUGUAGAUGGUCCUGUAAUCGUGGGUAAGCCGUUUUGGAUCACUUGCCACUCUGAGAAUGGAAGUCUGCCGAUUAAUUACACCCUGAAGAGAAACCACUUUAACGUGAACUGGACAGAGGAGUCUUACACUCAUAAUAAGUCUCGUUUUUUGGUCGAGAUAUCAACUCCUGCAGACAUCAGUAGUUAUUGGUGUGAAGCAAAAAAUAACGGUCCAGUUUCAGCCAAGAUGAGUGAAAGGCUGUAUGCGCAUGUAAUAGUUCCAGUAGGGAAGCCCUUACUCACAGUCCUCCCGGUACCAGGAAACAUUGAAGAGGGUCAAGAUCUGACACUUAUAUGUGGCAUUCCAAAAGGCUCUCCACCCAUCAGUUUUACCUUUUAUCGCAGCAUUCACACACUACUUCACAACAUCACAGUUCAAAGUAAUUCAUCCUCAUAUGUCCUGACUGCAGUGACCAGACAGGACAGUGGAUCGUACUACUGCAGGGCACUUAACUCAGCUGAGGAGGCGAGCAUGAGUGACCCCAUCACCGUUGAAGUGAGCCUGGCAACAUGGAAAAAGGCUUUGAUUGCUGUGUUCUGCAUGCUAUUAGUGGCCCCGCUGAUUCUUGUCUUUGCGAUGCGCUACAAGGCCAAGCGAGGUAAAAAAGAGAUGGCUGCUGAACUAUCAGUAAAGCCUGCAAGCCCUAAAUCAGAUGAGUCUCUAACCCUGAGUCUCACCCAUGAUUACCCUCACACAGACGCAGAGUGACACUUUGAUGCCCUGAAGGGGAAGGUGACCAAUGAGACAUAAAAUACUGUGACAUCACUUCCGGUCACCAAAAUUAAUUGGAGCAACUACAGAAUAUAGGCAAUAGUGAAGUAAAGGCUCCAAAAUUUGCAGGGGAAAAAAGAAAUAAAUUAUUAGAAAAAACAAAUCUUUUAGAACUUUCAGAUAAUUCUUCCUUUUUCAACAAGGAACGAACAGACUGUGUAUUGUUGAAAUAAGGGAUUCCUGAGGAUAAAAUGUCCCCUGUAGUUUGGAUGCUGUUAUGCAAACUUUUAUUGUUCAUUGUCUUUUAAAUGUCACAUUUUGCUACUACAUUGUUUACAUCUACUCUCCUUGCAACAACAGAACCAUUUUAAACUCAUUCAUAACACAGCAUUUUGACUCUUACAUUUACCUUAACAGCAUCUGAAUCACCCAUUUACUGUGUGCUUUUUUUGCUUGCAUGUUUUGUUGUUUCCAUCAUCAUGUGCUUGUAAAUAAUAUUGUUUAUUGGUUGAUUUGUGUGUUUGUUUCAUUCUAAAAGCCUCUUUGUAAGUGCUUUAUUUACUGUAAAGAACAACAAGUACAACAAAAAGAUUAUGUGUGUAUAUAUAUAUUGGUUUGCAUAUAAACUGAAAUUUGAUGCAAUUGUAGAUGAAUAAAAUGCUUAAAAUGUGGAAUUUCGCAAUUUGGAAUUUUUUCUUCCUUAUUUAAAGGUGAUGUGUAUAAUUUCUGCACCACUAGUGGCAACAAACCGAAUUGUAAAACUAAAGACCAUUUUCAAACUGGUGGUCCUGCCCGACACACUAUUUUUGGAGUUAAUGCUGAUAUGUUUCAAUUUUGAAGAUGCAACAGGACCGAAGUGGAUAGGAGAUUUUAAACACUGAAAAACAAAUUACACACAUAACCUUUAAAGACUAUUAAAAUAUGUCUUUCCCUCUGUUUUUCUUUUCUUUUAUAUUAACCUUCUUAGACUUGACAUCAACCAUGUUAAAUUUCUAUUUUGAGAUUAUAGCUUUGUUGAAGUUUUGUAUUCAAGGUCGAUCCCUGUUUUAAACAACUUUUGGGCGUGAAAGCAGCUAUUUCCUGCUUUUGUAAUUAUCUGGUGUACUGACCAGUAUCCAGUGUCCAGACCAAACUGUUUACCUCAGACAUACAGUACUCUAAAUGCAGGCCGCAGGCUGAGAAAAUACAUUGAUUGCAGCUAUGGUGAAAACAAUGCAAAUACAAGUCAAGCUGUUCCUGUUAGCUUAGACAUCACUUAGCUGACUAAUCCUUAACCAGUACAAACAGUGGACUUGAUUUAAAAUGCAGAAAGUCAAGUAUAUAGAUGUGGGAAAACUACAUUUGACUGAAAAUUCUAAAGCCCCUGGUGCUGAGAAUAAUAAAACCUCAGGAAACAGAAUUGACACGCUUGAAUCUACUAUUCUAGACCAUAAUGCUAGCAACACCACAAUAAAAAAGAAAUUCUAUUAGUUAUUACUACU